CUUUUUCUUUCUCGAUUGACACAUUUUCAAAUCGAUUCGAAUUCGGUGUUCCAAUUUGAAAAAUUUCGUUCGUUGACUCGAUUUGCGAAGUUUGAAAAGUGAGAUUCAAAGUGAAUUGGAUAUUGAAUACCUGUUUUGUGUGACUUCUGUGUUUGAAUAUCGAUUGUGAUUAAGUGACAUGCUUUGUUGCCGCGCUUGAUAACGAGUGAAACCGCUACGCCAGCGGCGCGAAUAGCAUCCGACCAGUGCGGGGAAUCCCUCAAAAUUACCCGAAUCCAAUCACCAGGCGGGAAACCCGGCACCCUGAGUUUCUCAGAUCCUUUCGGGCCUCCCCAGUCCUCGGACGGGGGGGGCCCAUCGACCCCCCAACCCGCCAUGACCACCCAAGAAGCCCUAGACCACCAACACCACCACCUAGGUGGGUCCCAAACACCACACGACAUCUCGAACUCGGCAAACUCGACACCCACAAACGUUUCUUCAAAGUCCGCCUUCAUAGAAUUACAGCAGCACGGUUAUGGUCCUUUCAAGGGUGGUUACCAACACCCCCAUCAUUUUGGGAGUCCAGGGGGGCAGCAGAACCCCCAUGAGGCGUCAGGGUUCCCAAGUCCCAGGUCCUUAGGUUAUCCUUUCCCUCCUAUGCACCAAAACACCUAUGGCUACCAUUUAGGGUCCUACGCCCCGCAGUGCGCGAGCCCGCCAAAAGACGAAAAAUGUGGGCUCUCAGACGACCCUGGCCUGCGCGUGAACGGCAAAGGCAAGAAGAUGAGGAAACCGCGAACCAUAUAUUCGAGUCUGCAGCUGCAGCAACUGAACAGGCGGUUCCAGAGGACGCAGUACUUGGCGUUGCCUGAACGAGCAGAGUUAGCAGCUAGCCUUGGGCUGACGCAGACACAGGUCAAGAUAUGGUUCCAGAAUCGGCGUAGCAAAUACAAGAAGAUGAUGAAGGCCGCACAAGUGGGCGCUCCGCCCCCUAGCUUAGGGCUCCCUCCUGGAAGCCCCCCGAGCAACAACCAGUUAUUACACGGUGGCGGCGGUAGUUCAAGCGGUUCCCAACAUUCCCCAUCCGCGUACCAGAGUGGGCCGACGCAAGCGCACUCGCCUACGCCCAGCUCGACGCCAGUGUCUGAGCUGUCCCCUGGCCUUUCCCCUACUGGGACGCCGUGGGAUGUCAAGCAGCCCCCGCAGCCUUCAUGGGAUGUAAAGGUCGGAUAUCCUUCAGCAGGGCGGUCGCCUGACGGUUCCUCGUGUGACGUGAAGCCUCCGCACCAACAGUCCUGGGACCCGAGAGUAGGAUACGGCGCGCCGCCCGGACCCUGGGACAUGAAAGGCGCGCACGCGCACGCACUGCACCACCAGGGGGCGCCGCAGCCGCAUCCGCCUUACGUCCCCCAGUAUUCGUGGUACCAACCUGACGCCAAUCCGGGAUUAUUGACGGUAUGGCCAGCAGUUUAACAGCCGUCGGCGAUGGUGAAAAUGUUUAAAAUAGAUACACUAAUUUCGAAUUAUUUUGUAAAUGUCACUUUAACUAAACGGAACACAAAAUGGCGGACGCGAGAAAAUGGCGCGCAUUUUUUAUUGUGAAGAGAAAAUAUAUCGGCACAACCAACUUUAGACGUUAAGAAAUUAUUUAAUAGAAUUUAAAUAAAGAAAGCAUUGUACAUUUUUUAUAAUAAUUGAUUAAGUAACUAUAUAUAGUAAGAAUUGUAAUAUUAAUGUAAAUUGUAUGUGUUGUAAAGGGUUUGGGAAGAAGGAACUAACAGACAUUGGUGUGUCUGUUUAUAGAAAGAAUUUAAAAGAAAUAAAUUGUUCAUUCUACGAAUUAUUACUAUACGAACACGUAAAUAUAAAAUUGUAUUAUCCUUAUAUUUUUCAAAGUGUUGAAAAACAGAAUUUAAUAUGAGGAAUAACAUUAAAUUAAAAAAAACUGUGUUCUAAUUUACAGAUAUGUAUAAGGUGACAUCAAUCCUAAAAUGUAGUAAGACUUAAUUUUACUGUUUUGGAUAAAUCAUACAAAAACUGACUCUUAAUUCCUGAUUGGACACAUAUAAAUAUGUGUCCAAUGUGUGUAUUUGAAUUGUUAAGGUUUGUGUUUUGAAAACUGCAAACUGUAAUAUUCAGAAUCUCAAAUAAAAUCUCGUGGAUUGGUCUGUUUCUUGUACUAUUAUUCAUAAUUAUUGUUUCGUAAUUAAGCUUUAAAGUUUGUUCAUCUAUUUAUUUAGUGCCUAAAUUCAAAUUAUCUUUUAAAAUCAAUACACGAACACAAACCAGUCUGUUGUGAUAUGAAUAAUUUUAAGCUUUAGAACAAUGUUUAGAUAUCGUUUGAUAUAAAAUUAUUAUUAUAUAUUUAUUUAAUUUUUUCGUGCAAAUUGUGUUCUGAAUGCAAAUUAGUAGUAUUUUUAUCUAAAGCAAUGUUUUUUUUUUUGUAUUAUACUUUAGUUUAUCCACGAAUUUAAUUAAAAAAAACUAUUUAACUGGGAAAAUAAAUUUUCUGCAAUAUUUAUUUUGCUCAAAAUUUUCAAUAUUAUUAUUUUGUGGAAAUACUAAAGUAAAAACAAUGUUUAUCUCUAGAAUGGGUCUUUACGGGAUGAAAAGUUACGUUUCUGUAAAUAUAUUUUGUAACAUAUAGAAAAGUGAAAUAUAUAUAAAUAUAGGUAGAUAGCAUAAUUACUUUAUAACUACAUUGUAUUAUAAGGAAAGCGGAAAUAAGAAACAAAAAAAAUGAAUUAAUUUCUUUUGUCAAAUAAAAAGAGAAAAAGAUA